AUGCCGCACCAGAGCCGUACUUUGGUCGGUUCCUUCAACAGGGACCUGCCUUGUGGGCAGCGGGCCGGUGGAAAUCGGAACGCUGAAGUUGCUGAUAAGCUGGGUCUGAUGCACUAUAUGGAAGCUCUGAUGGUGAUCACAACUGCUGAGUACAUUGCACCCAUGUCCGAUGAAAACGUCACUGUGAUGGAUACCGAGUUCAGCAACGUUGCCGUCCGUCUGUACCUGCCCAGAAAGGCGUCCGAGGGGCUGAGAAGGGCGGUGGUCUACUUCCAUGGUGGAGGGUGGUGCUUAGGACAGGCUGGCAUGAAAUCCUAUGAUCAUCUGACAAGGUGGACUUCAAACAAGUUAAAUGCUGUCGUGGUAUCAGUCAAUUACAGGUUGGCACCGAAAUACCGUUUUCCCGUUCAGUUUGAAGACGUGUAUUCAGUAACGAAGUUCUUCCUCCAGAGCAGCGUCCUCUCCCAGUAUGGGGUGGACCCAGGUCGGGUCUGUGUUGCAGGAGACAGUGCCGGCGGCAACCUAGCUGCAGCUGUGGCACAACAGCUGUUACAGGACUCUGAAGUUGAAACUAAACUCAAAGCCCAAGCUUUGAUUUACCCUGCUCUUCAAACCCUUGACCUGAAUUUGCCAUCUUACCAAGAAAAUGAAAACAAGCCCAUUUUACCCAGGUCACUUAUGGUCAAGUUCUGGAGUGAAUAUUUCACUUCUGAUCCGUCUCUCAGGGAAGCGAUGGCCUCCAACAGGCAUGUCCCGGCUGAAUCGAGCCACUUGUUUCAGUUUGUAAACUGGAGCCGUUUGCUGCCUGAAGAGCUGAAGAAAGACCAUGUUUACACCAGUCCCGCCUACGGAAGCUCUGAGCUUGCACAGAAAUACCCGGGGUUUCUGGAUCCGAGGGCGGCCCCGCUGCUGGUGAGCGAUGCCCAGCUACGUGGGCUGCCCCGUACCUACAUCCUCACCUGCGAGCACGAUGUCUUACGGGAUGAUGGAGUCAUGUACGCCAGGCGCCUGCGGGCAGCGGGCGUUCCUGUCACGCAUGAUCAUGCCAAGGACGCCUUUCAUGGGAUGAUGAUGUUUGUCUUGGGUCCAACCGACUUAGCUGUAGGGCACCGGCUGUUGAACAGAUACAUUGAGUGGUUAAAUGAGAACCUAUGA